AUGUUCGAUAUGAUGAUGACAAGCUCGAUAAGUUGCCAACAUAUCGAAAGUGAUAUUGAUUUUUUUUUUUGUUUAUGUCGAUUCGGAUCGAUUUAUUGUGAAUUUAUUUUCCCGAAUAUGAUGGCCGUCCAGCAAAAUGCACGUUUACUUUUAUUGUCCAAUUCAACAAUGGCCAUGCAGCCAUAUCUUCAAUGGCCUAAAAAUCUAAUCAAAGAUUUUCUUAACGUUUCAAAUGUAAAAGAAAUUUUAUUCAUUCCAUUUGCCGGUGUUAAAAUUGAAUGGGAUGAUUAUUCGAAUAAAGUUAAACAAGCAUUGGAAGAUGAUUUUAAAGUAAAACCAAUACAUCAUUGUACCAAUUAUGAAGAAGCCGUACAAAAUGCAGAAGCUAUUAUGAUAGGUGGUGGUAAUACUUUUCAUUUGUUAUAUAAACUUUAUGAAUACAAUCUUUUGGAAUUGAUUCGAAAACGGAUAUUGGAUCCAAUCAAACCGAUUCCAUAUAUUGGAUGGUCAGCCGGAUCAAAUGUUGCUGGACCAGAUAUUGGUACGACAAAUGAUAUGCCAAUCAUAUGGCCACCAAGUGAUCGUGCUUUAAAUCUAAUUCCAUAUAAUCUAAAUCCACAUUAUAACGAAUGGCAACCUCCAAAUUUAAAAGGUGAAACUCGUAUGGAUCGAUUAAAUGAAUGCGUUUUGAUAAAAAAACGUCCAAUUGUUGCUUAUUCUGAAGGUGUUGCUAUUCGAAUCGAACAUGGCCAACAUCGAAUUAUUGCACCAAAAUUCGAUGACCUCAACUGUUUUUUCGAAAACAAAGACAAUCGAACAGUUAAAGUAUGGACAUUUGAGAAUGACAAAAUUCAAAUCAAUGAAAUUCCACUUGAUGAUUCGGCAACACUAAAUGCUUAUGUUAAAUGAAAAUUAAAAUAAAUCAUGAUCAUAAAAUGAUAAUUUUAUUAAAUCCUUUUGCCUUGACAA